ACAUCUGACCCUAAAACCAGCAGAACCAGAACAUCUGAUCCAUAUUUGCAGAAUUUCAACCUAAAUCCUCCUGAUAGCAGAAGAACUGAUCCUUCCAGGAUCCAGUAGAACCGAGCCUUAGAGGUCCAGAUGGUUCAGUUCCUCUCACCUUUCAGUUAGUGUCCCUGUUAACUGGGUUCUGGAAGGUUCUGGAUAAAAACCCAGAUUGAUUUUCACUCAGACCAACCAGAACCAGUUUCACUGUGAAACGGAUCAAACUUUAACGUCAGCAGAAUAAAAAGGUUCUGAGAACUUUGAAGCAUCUGGACCUGCAGCAGAACCUGAUGUCUGUUGGUCUUCUAGCUCAUAUCUCAGACUGGAUCUUCUCCUGGUUCCGUCGUUCCCACAUUUCCUUCUUCCUGCAAACAGAGAAGCUGGAACCCAACAGAACCUCUGAUUAGAACCUUCCUGGAUCCAGCAGCUGAUCUGGGUCCAAAUCAGAGUCAAUCAGUUCUAAACUGAUCCACAUCAGUCCAGAACUUUCUGGUUCCUCCUGCCAACAGACAGGUCCAACAUCUGAUUGUUCUGCUGUGUGACUGUAAUCAUGGAUCAGAACCAUCAUGUUAAAGUAGCUUCAUCAACACUUCCAGAACCCGGUCCGGUUGGCAGAGAGAGAAGCUUCUCUACUCUGAAGGUUCUGAGGAACAGGAAGAAGCUGAGGGACUCAGGAGAACCCAGAGAGCUUCAUGUGGACUGAAAAGGACGUCCUCAUGUCCUCUGACACUGAGCCAGAACCAGAACCCUGUUUCCCCUGCAGUCAACUAACGGGUCUCCAGGACACACUGUCCCACAGUGGGUUCUGCUGCUGAUUGGACCCACAGCAAAGACAACACUGUCUCUGUUCACUGGAGACAUGGACACAUUUCAGACUGGAACCAGUCCAACAUGUUGGACCUUCAUCCAGUCAGAGAAAAUGUCCUCAGAGCUGCUGCUGCUGUCUGUCCAACUCAUCUGCUCCUUUGUUGUCUCUCAGUCCCACAGGUGGAGGGGGAGUCAGGAGAGGAGUCUGUCCUGCUGCCCUGCAGAACCAGUGAUUACCUGCCUGGAGAUGCUAGAGUGGAGUGGAUGGACAGGAGGGACAGGAAGGUCCAUGUGUUUGAGAAAGGUUCUGAUCAGCCUGAAGAACAGGACCAGCUCUUCAGAACCAGAACCAAGAUGAAUGAAGACCUGCUGAGAACUGGAGACCUCAGUCUGACUCUGAGAUACCCAACAGAGAGAGACAGAGAAAUCUUCACCUGCAGAGUCUACAGCAAGGAGGGAAACAUCCUGAUGAAGAAAGAUGUCCAACUAAAGGUCAAAGUCCCACAGGUGGAGGUGGAGUCAGGAGAGGAGUCUGUCCUGCUGCCCUGCAGAACCAGAGAUAACCUGCCUGGAGAUGCUAGAGUGGAGUGGAUGGACUGGUUUUACAGGAAGGUCCAUGUGUUUGAGAACGGUUUUGAUCAGCCUGAAGAACAGAACCAGCUCUUCAGAACCAAGAUGAAUGAAGACCUGCUGAGAACUGGAGACCUCAGUCUGACUCUGAGAUACCCAACAGAUGAAGACAGAGGGACCUUCACCUGCAGCGUCUACAGCAAGGAGGGAAACAUCCUGAUGAAGAAAGAUGUCCAACUAAAGGUCAAAGUCCCACAGGUGGAGGUGGAGUCAGGAGUGGAGUCUGUCCUGCUGCCCUGCAGAACCAGAGAUAACCUGCCUGCAGAUGUUAGAGUGGAGUGGAAGGACAGGAGGAACAGGAAGGUCCAUGUGUUUGAGAAAGGUUCUGAUCAGCCUGAAGAACAGGACAAGCUCUACAGAACCAGAACCAAGAUGAAUGAAGACCUGCUGAGAACUGGAGACCUCAGUCUGACUCUGAGAUACCCAACAGAUGGAGACAGAGAAAUCUUCACCUGCAGCGUCUACAGCAAGGAGGGAAAGAUCCUGAUGAAGAAAGAUGUCCAACUAAAGGUCAAAGGUCAGUGGUUUAAAUCUGAUGUUGUAUUUUAUCCAAUCAGCUGA